UCAAUGGCAAAAUUUGAAAGAAACAGAAAAUUUAAACAUUUUUUUCGGCGGUUGACGCUGUUGAGCGCUGAAAAAAAAGAGAUUUAUUUUGUUCUGUCAAUUAAAUUCAUACAAGUAUUUGCUAGCGCUAAAAAAUUUGAAAUUUUCCUCUACUUUAAAACAUAAAAACGAAAUUAACAAACAUUAUUUUGAGUUAAAAAUUGAGCUAUUCAAACAAAAUAAUAAAAAUAAAAGUUUUUGGCAAACAAGUUGUGUUUUUUGUGCAGUAAAAGAAUUCAGUAAAACAUUAUUGUGGCAAAGGCACAAAACAAAAGUUGAAAUUCCUUUUCCAAGGAUUCCUUUGUGUUUGUAAAAUCAAACAUAACCUUAAAAUUUUCUGGAACAAUCCUAAAGCAAAAUGAGUAAAGAUAUAUAUUAUUCCGAUAAAUACUAUGAUGAAAAAUAUGAAUACAGACAUGUGGUGCUUCCUAAGGAGCUGGUGAAAUUGGUACCCAAAACACAUCUCAUGUCUGAGGCAGAAUGGCGUUCAAUUGGUGUUCAACAGUCACGCGGCUGGAUUCAUUAUAUGAUACAUAAACCAGAGCCUCAUAUUUUACUAUUUCGGCGACCCAUACAACAGUAAACAGGUAUUAUGUUUGGGAAUGAAGCUCUCUGGCAAUUAGUGUAUUCAACUGCUUAAACACAUGCGAAAUCAACCUCCCAACAACCAACACAUUAAAUGUAAAUAGCCAAACACUUUUCAAAUCGGUAAUUAAGUCGUUAUUUUGCUGGAUAAAGUCAAGAGCUAUCAAUGAUAGAGUGCUAGUCGUUCGUUCGUGUAGUUUUUUUGCUAAAUUAUUUACAUACGUAUUCGAAAAUAGUAAGAUUCACGGUAAAAUCCUUAAAAAAAUGCAGCUAAUAUCUGCUGCAAACUGAACAAUGUACUUUUCAAAUGCUUGAUUAAGUUUUAAGAGACAUCUAACAUUUGUUUUUUUUAUUAUUCAAUAUUUUGUUCAUAUUUUUUUGUAUAAAACAAAUUUCUAUUAUUGCCAAUUUAUUCUUUUUAAUAUGUUAAUUUAUUUUUUUUUCCUUUUGCUCUAAAAUUUUCAACAAAAUAUGAGAUAAAAACAAAAAUAUUUAGUAAAUACUUUGUGCAUCAUGCUCUUGACUCGAUCCUGUUGUCACUGAAGUAGGAUCGAUUGUCUUCUUUUUUUAUGUUUUACUUUUAUGGGCCAUAUUUUAAAGAAAUUUAUUUUUUUUGUAUUAAUUUAAUAUUUAAGUAUUAUUACUGCUAGCUGUUUACAUAGCAUUUAUGAAUAUUUUUCAAAUACAAAAUAUAAUAAAACGAACUACAAAAACAA